AUUGUGUCGAGCGAGCGACGGACGCGCGGAGCUCGCGCUCGUUUGAUUUGCAACACGCGAUACGAUAACGCAAACCGAGUUAAUCGAUCGUGUAAUAACAGUAACGUAUACAAUGAUAACAGUUGUUUAUAAUUACUGAUAAUUUGUUUGUUUUUCGUAUUGAGAUUUGUGUGUGUAGUGCCGGCGGGACUUUUUUGAAACGUGAUUGAAAGGCUUCAUCGUGGAUCUGGAGUUACAUCAGCGUGCCAGCGGGCACUUUAUGAGUGCCGCUGGUGCGAUGUGCGACCGAACUGGCUUCGGGUCAUCCAUGGGGCAUUUCCCUAUGGGCCCCAUGUCCGCCAUGGGAGCCAUAGGGACUAUGAGCUCGAUCUCCGCGAUGAACGGACCUCAGCAGAAGAAAGUCCAGGAGGAACAUAUAAAAAGACCUAUGAACGCCUUCAUGGUGUGGUCGAGGCUACAGAGGCGGAAGAUUGCUCAGGAUAACCCGAAGAUGCAUAAUUCGGAGAUUUCUAAGAGAUUAGGAGCUGAAUGGAAGCUUCUCUCAGAAGACGAGAAGCGGCCCUUCAUAGAUGAAGCGAAGCGCAUCAGAGCUAUGCACAUGAAGGAGCACCCUGACUACAAGUACCGACCGCGAAGGAAGCCCAAGACCCUGAGGAAGGAGGGGUAUCCUUACUCCAUACCCUAUCCUAGCGUGCCCAUGGAUGCCCUUAGAGCUGGUAUGGCAGGCGGUGGCAUGGGUCAAGCAAUGGGAGGCUACUAUGGAGCGGCAUAUGGUCCACUAGGAGCCAGUAUGGCGGCCGCUGCUGCUGCAGCAGCUCAGCAGAAUGCUAUCAGCGCUGCCUUAACUCCUAACCCACAGGUUGGCUCAUCAAUGGACAUGUCGAAGUACUCGAUAGAAGCAGAAAAAUACCGCAGUUACGGUAUGUACCCAGACCCCUCUCGAGGAUACCUGGACUCCGCAGCCCUAUCCAAGGCAUACAUGUACAUGGAUCAGCAGCAACAACGCUCCUACCCAGUCGACAUCAGUAAAAUGUACUCUGAAGCAUCAGCAGCCGCCAUGGCAGGACUUAGCUCCGUAAACUCAGCUCCAUCCAGUCUCUCCCCACGAUCCCCUACUGAUUCCCCAGACAUGACCCCCAAAGCCCAAGACAGGACCGAAGGCUCCUCGUCAUCAGGGUCAAACCCCUCCCCUUCUCUCCCCUACUACCAAGGAUCCUCGAGUAUCCUCAUGCCUCAGUACCCCGGACAGUACCCACAAAGCACCCAAGGAGGGCCCGAGUUCCGACGACCACUCACAGUCAUAUUUUGACCUGAAACCUAGUUUGUUGUUGUUGAUUUUUAUUUAUUUGUUUAUUUUUAUAGUUUUCGAACGACUGCGUUUUUUACGUUAGUUUUUCUAUUGAAUUUUAGGGAUAUAUAGGUCUUUUUUUAAUUGAAAUUUGACGAAUUUCGUCUUUAUAUUAUUGGUAUAAUUCCAAGUGAUUUGUCAAAAUUAUAUGAAAGAUUAUUUUCUAUUUGAAAGAUUAGAUUUUUUUAUUACAAUGCGAGUUUUAAAGACUAAAUUGUUCCGAAUUUUUGGUCAUUUGAAACGUGUAUUUUAUUCUUAUUUCGUACUCCCAAAGUUCCUUCUUAAUUUCUUCGGAAAUAGAUUAAAAUUAUUAGAUAUUAAUAUGUGUAUAGGUUUGUCAGCCUACUUGUACAUUGUGAAUAUAGUUAGUUGAUAAAUAAGAUCUGUCUCUUUAUCGAUGAAAACUUAAAUAUUUUUUUAAUUAUGCUUAGAUACUUAGCAAAUUUACCUAGAAAAAAAUAUUGGUAAAUGGGAACAUCCAUAAUACCUCUAUAUUACAUACUUCUGCAUAUAACAUUGCAUAUAAUGAAGGCCAUUUUCUCUGAAAAUUCAAUCGAAUUAAUACCUACUUAUAAAAAAAUAUUUAAAUUUUCAUCGACAAAAUCACAUUUUAUCGUAAUUAUUGUGUCAAUAACACUAGGUAUAAACAUUUCAAUAAAUAUUAUGUCAAAUCUCGACAUUACAAAAACAUUUUUUGAAUAAGCCAUAGUGUUAUUUUCACAAUGAUUUAUUGGAAUUUUUAAAGUCCAAUUAAUUACAACGAGUUUUGAUAUUAUUUGUAAAUAUAGUUAAAAAUAAUUGUUAUAUUUUUGUCUCUAGAUUCCUACGUGUCAUUUUGUAAAAUAUUAAAAAAAAAUGUUUAAAUGUCUAAACUGUAAGAAGAUAUCGUAAUAUUUGUUCAUUGACGUUUGUAUAAAAACCGUUACGAUUUGAUUCUAUCCGCCAUUUUUAUUAAUUUUGAAAAUAUGGACUGAUUUUAACUUUGUAUAACAGCCUUUUUUUUUAAUAAACAAAUAGUUUUUACCACAGAUUAUUUAAAAAUUAUUCUGCUUAUAUUCCUGUGAAAGUUACAUUCCAUUAGAUAUUUUUUUUGUAAAUUAAUCUGUGUUUUAUAACUAUGGUUUUUCUUUGUUCGUCUACAUUCCAUUUUUUAAGUUAAUGAUUUGUUUUGAAUAUGAAUUAGUACAAUAUUCAGUAACUUAUGAAUAAUUUAAAACCAUGCAAUCCGAGUUGUUCUUGGUACUUUUAAAAUAACGGCCAUGUUUUAUUCCAUUUGCAUUUAUAAGUUGCCAUAUCAAAUAAUUACUUAUUACAUUUUUUUUACUGCAACACAUUUCGAUUUAAGUAAAAUAUAUCCUGUAA